CGCAAACACCAUGUCGGAAACGCCUCCCUUUGUAACCCCGUCUUCACAAUGGGGUGCUACAACACCAAGAACGACACCUAAUCUAGACGGCAUCGAACAGCCGUUACACGAGUGGGUUCGCAUCCGGCUAAGCCCAAGCUGCACCAGUCCAUGGACUUGGUUUGGUGCCAUUUGCUGUUUCUUGUUCAGCAUUGGUCUUCUAAUCUGUGGGAUUACUACGUUGAUCCUGAUUUUCGCCGUCAGACCGAGGAUCCCAGUUUUGGACGUCGCCAACGCAAGCCAAAACACAAUCCUCUUCGAGUCACCGGUUUUCAGCGGCGAUAUUGUACUGCAACUUAAUUUCACCAAUCCGAACAAGAAACAAGUUGUUCGGUUUGAAGAUAUUCAAGUCGAGCUCCUGUUUUCGGAAAAAGUGAUUGCCAAAAAGAGUCUCUUGCCCUUUUCCCUGAGAAACGGCCAGAAUAGGCUAGAAUCGAUCGGUCUUGUUUCAGAUUCCAUCUUGUUGCCGGUCAAUGUUAUGAUUGAGCUCGGAAGAAAAGUCGCGAGCAAUUUGGUUGAUUACGAAAUAAAAAGUAUAUUCAGAGUCAACGCAGUUCUAGGAUUUGUUCCGUACUCGUACAUGCUGCACGGCACUUGUCAUAUUCAGUUGACGGGCCCACCCGGCGGCGGCUUGGUUUCACGUAACUGCACGACAAAUCGAUAA